AUGGUACCUGACAAUCAUGCUAUUCGUUAUACUCCUCCAGCAGAAAUUGACAAAUUCAUCAGCCUUCUACAUCCUCGUCAUUACUGGUUAACUAGUAAACGUCCGCCGUCUUGGAUAAAACAAAAACGUUGGGGUAUUCAACUAGUCGGAGCAUUUUCUGCUGAUCCUAUUGAAUUCACUCCAGAAUGGUGUAAUUUAUUUAAAGAGGCUGGAAUACCACCGAAGCGUAAAAUUUCACGUUUUCUGGUUAGUCCAGAUGCUGCUUUAAAACCUGGAACACCUUUAGGUGUGAAUCAUUUUCGUGUAGGUGAUUACUUGGAUAUAACUGCAAGAACCGUAAAUCGUGGUUUUCAAGGUGUUAUUGAGCGUUGGGGAAUGAAAGGUGGCUGUGCUGGGCAUGGUUCUACUAAAUUUCAUCGUAGAAUGGGUAGUGCUGCAGGCUGUGGAGGGCCUAUUUCAAGAGGUAAACGUAUGGCGGGUGUUAUGGGCAAUCGAUAUAGGCAUGCACGUGGUUUAAUGAUAUUGAGAAUUAAUCCAAAACUUGGAUUGAUAUAUGUACCAGGUCCAACACCCGGGCCAGUGCAUGCCUAUUCACUUUUACACGAUUCUUGGUUAAAAAAUCGUCGACGUCAACUGGACGCUAAUCCACCACCAGUACCAACAUAUCUGCCUUCUUGUAUUGUAGACGAAGCUGCUGCCGCUGCUAAUGGUUCAGGUAUACUAGAUCCAACUAUUUGUGUCGAUAUUGAUGAUGAUUUCGAGCAGGAUAUCUAUCAUGAAUCCAUACAUCCAAGUCAUUACCCGUCUAUUUCAUAUUCAGAAGACUCUUAAGGAAAUUCAAUCAAUAAUA